AUGAGUUCAAAUAACAGUAAUGCAAAUCCCCUAAAACAUUUUAAGAAGAUACCAAUUUACAUAGUAGAAGAACACAACGACGCCUUACAAUUCAUAUAUUCAGCGAUCGGUGGAAAAAAAUUGCCAAUAGAAGGAACGAGUCUCGUGCAUCUUGACGCGCAUCCAGACAUGCUUAUCGAUCGUAAAUUAAAAGGAGAGGAGGCGAGGGCAGGAAGAAAAGUCUUGCAAUCAUUACAGAUAGAAAAUUGGAUUGUGCCCGCCGUGGCCGCGGGGCACAUAGGAAGCGUGGUCUGGAUCAGACCACCGUGGGCGAAUCAAUUUACCGACGGAUCACGUUUAAUUCAAGUCGGAGACCACCCCGCCACGGGCUUUCUCCGUGUAGAUAGCAAAGAACCCUAUUAUUUAUCCGACGCUCUGUAUUCGUCACGGCUGGUGAACAAAAGAAAGUUUAGAUUAACCGUCGCCGAGUUAAGUCCUAGUACGGAUUCUGUACAGCAGUUGUGCAACCGGCUCGAUAUAAACACCCCUUUCGUGCUCGAUAUCGAUUUGGACUUCUUUAGUACGGCUAAUCCAUUUUUAAACAUUUACGAGGGUAUAGGUCUGUACGAUUUGCUGGAAGAUAUAUUCAAAUUUGAUCCGCCAGAGAGCGAUGACCCAGAAACGUUGGAGAAACUCGUAAUGUCGCGGGAAGAACAGCUGCAACAAUUAGAAGACUUAUUCCUGCAUUUAGAAGAAUAUGGGAAUUUAGACAAUUAUGCUGGCGAGAAAUCUAUCUAUUUUAAAAAGGUGUCAGCUUUGGUUCCAAUAGUUUUGAAAGAAGCCACACGCUUAGGCCAAUCACCGGACUGGUGGGCAAUCUUUGCCGGAGGCUGCACAAGAGAUCAAGGCGGACUACCUCACCAUAUCAGCUCCGAGGAAUUAAUUACGGAGACAAUUGGAAAAACUCUUAAAUCAUUCCUACAGAAUCUCCCAAAACCAGUCAUGAUAACAUUGGCUAGAUCGACAGACGAUGGUUAUUGCCCGUCUCAUCAGGUAGAUAAUAUCCAAAAACAAGUCCUAAACACGUUGCAAGAAAUCUACGAAACUGACGAUCCCGUUUUCCACUAUUUGCAUACCAAGUAA